AUGGAGGAUCCCUUACCUCGCCACUACACCCCAUUGGCGAUUGGGGAGUACAAUGGGAGCGCCGACCCAGAUGAUCACUUGGCCAAGUUCGACAACGCGGCCACUCUGCAUCAGUACAUCGAUGGGAUGAAGUGCAGGGUAUUCUUGACAACGCUUUCGGGACCAGCUCAACGGUGGUUCACCAGGUUGCCGACCGGGUCCAUACGCAGCUUCAAGGAUUUCCGGGCCGCUUUCCUGCACCACUUCGCGAGUAGCCACCGGCAUCAGAAAACAAGCGCCAACUUGUUUUCUCUUAAGCAAGGUUCCCGAGAAGCGCUCAGAGCAUACAUUCAACGAUUUAACCAAACUGCGAUGGACAUACCAGCAGUCUCAUCAAAAGUGCUGGUAAACACUUUCACUCAAGGGCUCGUAGAGGGUGAGUUCUUCCGAUCCCUCAUCCGCAGACCCCCGAAUGAUUUCGCUCAUCUCCAAAGGAAGGCCACGGAAUACAUCAACGUGGAAGAAGCGCAAGCGGCCCGAAGGAAAGAGGCGCCUGCCGAGCCUCAACUGGAGGCCGAUCGGAGGAGACCAAGCAACCACCAGCCUCCAACCGGUCCCAGGGCCGCGAAGUCGCAACUGUAUCCUGAGCCGAGAACGCAUGCAGUCCAUAUGGAGGCCGCCCAACUCAAGAAGGGCAAAAAGUGGACCCCGAUGUUCUGUAAGUUCCAUCAAUCAGGGACGCACAACACGUGGGAGUGCCAAGGUGACCCUAAUGUGCAGCAGCCCGCGCCAAAGGAGUAUAGACGUCGGUCGCCUACACCGGAUAGGCAGCAUGAGCGCUGA